GUUGCAUACAACAAUAACAUAAAUCAUAUUCUUAAAAUAUGAAAUAAAAUAAUUUAUUGACCAAACUAAUCAAGGACAUUGUAGUAAAACAGAUGGAUAUCUGAAUGAAGGAAAAGGUCAACUUAUUUAUUUUCAAGGUGAUGUGACGACGAUUUAGAGUAUUACAUAAUAAACGAUCUUGACAAUAAAAAUUAAGUGGUAUUGUUUAGAAAGUGAACCUGUUCAAUCGUACUGUCAUAUUAUUAGUCAUUAAAUCAUCAUAUUGUUGACUAAAUAAAUUACAAGCACUUGGUCACCCGUUGGUUAAAUAGCCAUUCAUUUUUUCUAAAAAAAAUUUUAUGUUCGCCAACUUUUAAAUUCAAAUUAAGUUUUUAAAUUUCAAAUAAUUGUUUAUUGAAAAAAUAUUCUUUUAAAUAAACUGUUUACUGUUUUUGGUGCACGAGUGUCAAUGUAGCAGACAUGACAUGAUGGUAUUUAUUGUAAAAAUAGAAAAAAAAAAUAAUAAUAGUUAAAAAAAAACAAGAUGAAUUCUCUGAUAAAAGUUGGCAACACUGAUUCUGUUUGCGAAUGACUGUCAAAAUCCACUUUCCAUACUAUGUACAAUCAAAGCUUGAGUUUUUAUCAAAAAAUCUAAAUAAAUAUUAUUAUGUAUGAGGGUAAUUGUGUAAAGACAGUUUUAAUUAGGCAUAAUAACAGUGCAGAGACUUGUAAAUAAAAGUUUUAUGUUUUUAAUAUUCAGUAUCAACUUAAAGAACUAUUUAAAUAAAAUAUAUACAUACACAUAUAUACUUACACAUAUGUACAUGUGUAUGUAUAUGUAUACAAUUUAUUUAUUCUCCCAUACAUGCUGCUGGUAUUUGUGAUUUAAUAACUAGUGAAAUUAAAUUUAAAAAAAAAUAAAUAAUUACCUUUUAUUAAAACAAUAAUAAAUUUGUUAUUGUUAUCAAUUAUCGAUUGAUAGUUUAGUGGAGGUGGUUUUUUUUAAAACUUAUGCAUCAUUAAUUUAAAACUCGGGUACUUAUUACAGAUACAAUCUUCCAUAUUAUUAAUACUGAAAGUUAGUUUUAAAUAAUUCGAUAUAAGUUUAAAGUUGACAAUAGGAUUGUGGAAUUAUUUAUAUAUAAUUUUUAUCAACUCUAACCUAUCACCUCUAAUGUUAUACGUGAUAAAAAUAAAUAUUUGGCUCAACGUUUUCUCUAUAUAAUUAAUUCGCCAGUUUCAGUAGAUUUCAGAUAAAAAUAUCCAUUAUAAAUAAUUAUUCGGUAGUAUUGUUGUUGAUAAUUAUUGAAAUGUUUAUAAUAUGACAAGAUCGAGGUUAUUAUAAAAUAAUAAUAUAUUUUAAAUAGGUUAUUAAAGAGUUAAUAUAAUUAAUUGAAGACUGUUUUUCAAUAAUAAUGAGUAAUCAGAUAAAAGAAUCGCAUUCAAAAUGGAUAUGCGAAUACUGUACUUAUGAAAACUGGCCGUCAUCGUUGAAAUGCACGAUGUGCAGAGGUUCAAAACCCCUGUUAGGAGAAGACAUCUACAGGUUGCGUGAUCAAAAUCCACAGAGAUCAGGAUCAAAUGACGCGUCUGGUCCAGUACCAUUGAGUUCAUCAACGGAUUUAUGUAAUUUUAGUUUGCAAAAUAUUCAUAGUCAAAAUGUACCUUCUGGUGGUAAUUGGUCAUGUGAAUUAUGCACUUAUCUUAAUUAUAAUAAUGCAAUACGUUGUAUCCAGUGUAAUAGUAAAAAACCAGUUAAUAUAAAUCAACAAGUAUAUUCAGCUUCGAAUUUGCACGAACAUUUAGCACCGCUGAGAUUAAGUGAUCCGCCGCCACCCCAACCAUCGCCGACACCUCCACCUAACUCUGGACAAAAUAUAUCGACAUUAACAAAUACAAAUAUUGAUAAAUGGUCCUGUCUUGUUUGUACUUAUGAAAAUUGGCCAAAAGCUAUUAAAUGUGUUAUGUGCGGGUUCUUAAAAGAACGGGAUAAAAAAGAUAAAUCUUGUUCUAACUCUUGUCUGAUACUACCGAGUCCUGAAAAGGAUCACAAUCAAAGAGGUUUACCUUCACCUCCUCAGCCGUUUAUUCAUCAGGCUCAGCGAGAUGACAAUUCAGCUAUGGCCAAACGAAGUUCACAUCGAUUUGAUCCUAGAAAUGAUUCUUUGCCGAUUAAUCAAAAUCCAAAUGAUUGUGAUUACGAGGGCAGGCUCAAACAACUUAGACGUCAUACUGAUUGGUGUUGGUUAAAUGCUUGUCUUGGUAUUGUUGAAGGUGACAAUCCACCCGUAGAAGCAUAUUUAGCAAGUGGUGGAGAUCCAGCUCGUCAAUUGACCCAUUCCGAAGUUUCUUUACUUAACAGAAAUAGUGCCUUUGAUGUUGGACAUACUCUUGUCCAUUUGGCCAUCAGAUUUCAACGUGAAGAUAUUUUAGCAACAUUAUUAUCACAAAUAGAAGGCUCUGGUUCUGGUAUUAAAAGAGUACCGAGUUAUGUUGCUCCAGAUUUAGCUGCUCAGAUACGUAGACACGUUGCUAAUAGUAUUCGUUUACGUAAAGGUUCACUUUCCUGUUAUUUUGUAACAGACAUGGCAACAUUUGCGUUACCUGCCGAGGUCGAAGAUCUUCCAAGUUCUGUCCAGGAACAAAUGCUUGAAGAAUUGCUGGAUCGGGAAGCUCAGCAACAAUUAGAAGGAAGUGAUGGUGAACCACCAGCUCUUAAUUGGUCAUUAGAAAUAACUGAGCGACUAGGUAGUCGUUUACACGCUUUGUGGAAUCGUUCUGCUGGCGACUGCUUACUAGACUCUGUAAUGCAAGCGACCUGGGGUGUCUUCGAUCGUGACAACACUCUCAGACGAGCGCUUGCUGAUUCACUACAGCAAGCUGGUCAAUAUUUUUAUCCUCGAUGGCGACAAUAUGAAGCUUCUCAAGCAUCAAGAAUGUUGGAUUUUACUCUAGAGGAAGCUCAAUGGCAGGAUGAUUGGGAAAAUUUAUUAGCUACCGCUGCACAGCCAGGAAGUGCAUUAGAACAAUUGCAUGUUUUUACUCUUGCCCAUAUUUUAAGAAGGCCUAUUAUUGUUUAUGGAGUUAAAUAUGUAAAGAGUUUUCGUGGAGAAGACAUAGGAUACGCAAGAUUUGAGGGAGUAUACUUACCUUUACUGUGGGAACCUUCUUUUUGUAUUCGCUCGCCAAUAGCACUAGGUUACACACGUGGGCAUUUUACAGCUCUCGUACCAAUAGAACCAUAUGCAUCUUCAAGAUUGUCCUCAUUGCCGUCUCACGGCAGCGUUGGAGUUGGAGGUGGAAAUAGUCCAAUGCAGCAACAAUUACAAAUUCAAAUGCAAACAACUUUUAUGCCUUUAAUGGAUAGAGAACGUAAAUUAUUACCAAUUCAUUUUUUAACCCCCGAAGAAAUCGGUCGAGAAGAAACAAUAUUGAAACAAUGGCUCGAUGUUUGUACUACAGAGGGUGGUAUUCUUGUAGCCCAACAAAAAUUACACAAAAGGCCACUUCUGGUUGCCCAGAUGUUGGAAGAAUGGCUCAAUCAUUAUCGUCGAUUAGUUCAAAUGAAUAAUGCACCAUUUGUAAGACCAGUAGUCCAACAAGAGUACAGUAGCGACGGUGACACCGAAGAUGAAUAACACUCGGCAGCCCCAAUAUGUUGAACCAACUGGUUUCGCAACUAAACAGGAAAUAAUUCCACGGGACUUUUCAUCACCUUGUGCUAUGUACGUCAAUAACUAAUUGAUAAAUCAUUAAUUUAUUAUUUUAUUUAAAAAUUAUCAGUAUAAAAAGACCCCUUAAUUUUUUAUUUUAAUUUAUUUAUAAUUUUUAAUAGAUGGAAAAAUCAAAGUAUAAUAGCUAGACAAUCAAAUUAUGAGUAGUCUCUAGGUAUCUAUAAUUUUUGUAAUUAAUUAUUUAUUUUAUAGAGAAAAAAAAAUUAAAUGCAAAAUUAAACUCCAGGUUUGGAAAAUUAUUAUAAUUUUGUCUAAUGAAUUUUUCAAAUUUAAAUUAAACCUUUGAUCUUUAAAAGUUGCUGAAUAUUUAAGGCGUUAUUAUAAAAUCGAAUUUAAAUAUAUCGAGUAGGAACUAAAAAUUAACAUGCGCAUUAACGCGCAUCAUUGACCUAGUUACUACUUUUUAAAUAAAUGUAUUCACUAUAUAUUUUCUAGUUAUUGAAUUCGUUUCUUUUUUUUUUACUUGAAAAUUCCCGCCAAUUGACGAAGUGAAUUUUAUUUUUAAAUUGAAUUCGAAAAUUAUUUACUUUAGUUUAUUUGAAUUUCCCGGUAAUAAAUAUUUUUAUUUUUAUUCAAAUUUAAAGUAGGAAUUAAUAUUAUUAUACAAAAUAUAAAUAUAUAAAUUGACAAAAUGAUAAAAAAGCAAUUAGAUUUUCUCUCGUCUAUGAUAAAUUUUUCUUUGUUACAAAAGGGGUCUGAAAAUAAAAAAAAGUCCAGGAAAGAAUAAAAUUGUUUGUCAUUUAAAUAAAUAUUUAAAUUUAAUUAUCAAGGUGGUGAAAAAAAAAAUAAUUGUUACAGAAUAUCAUAGCGAUUGUAAAAUUUUUCAUGUAUUUGUUUAUUGAUUGUUAAUUAUUUUUAUCAUUGUUAAAAAUAUAUUUAUUUAUGUUAAUCGGUACUCUGAAUUAAUAAUUGUAAAUAAAUAUUAAUUUAUGAGUGAUAAAUUUAAAAUUAUAAACAGGAAUCAUUUUAACCCAUCUAU